UCAAAGUCCAGUAUGGCAUGCUUUUUGAUACAGUGAAACAAAUGUCAUUUCAGAGUUUGCAAGAAGAUAUUCAAACUUAUUUUGAAAGUCAUCUUCAAGGACUUCAGAACCAGGUCAGAAAUCAUCUCCAGAAGUCAUACUCUGUGCAUAAAGUAGAAGUGGAUGCAAAAGUGAUUAAUGUUGGGGAGUCUUUGCUGGACUGUGGCCUUUGUGAAAGUGAUGAAUUUUGCAAUUUCCAAAAGACACCUUCACAAUGUGAAAAAUGUACAUUGUGUCCUGCUGGUUUUUUCCAAAUGGCCGAGUGUUCUGCAAACUCUGAUCGGAUUUGCCAGGACAGAGAUGAAUGCACUGAAUCUCCAAGCAUUUGUGGUGAGAGGAUAAAAUGUCUGAAUACUCCAGGUGGUUUCCGGUGCCUUGGAAUUGCUGAGAAAGAUGCAGCUUUGGGACUGUGUGGAGAGGAGUAUUUCUUUAAUAAGGAAAUGCAGGAAUGCCAGGCGUGUUUAAAAUGUGAAGACGGAAUGGUGGCCAUGCCUUGUUCCACUGUCAGUGAUACGGUUUGUUCAGCAACCAGUGAAAACAAGCUCUCAGAGUCUUGGGCUGCAAACAUCAUUCUACCCUCUGUAAAGUCUGGCAUCUCUCAGGUCUACUCUGGCUUGAACUUGAAGAUAAAGGGAAAGCUUCCCUGUGAAAUCCUAUCCGUUGAAGAGAACAGCCUGGUAUUCAGGCAACAUGGUCUGUUGUGGACUGACCUAAAUUUUGCAGUAAAGCACAACUGCAGGAAUUUUUUGCAGCUUUCCUUAAAGCUAAAUGGCAGUGAGGAAGGCUAUGAACUGAGCGGUGUUCGCAUUGAACAGCCAGAAGGAAAGUAUUUCCAGAGCACUAGUUUAAGCAGUGCUGCCGAGGUAGAGCCCAGCCAAACUCUUUCUGUGUAUUUGAGGAGCCCCAAUCAAUUCUGCAAUCAAAGUAAAGACUUAAAUAUUUAUGAUCUUAAUACCCCACUCAGUUUGUUUUGGUUGUCCCAUGACACAGGUGCUGUGGCACUCAGUGCACAGAUGUCAACAGCGAUGCAUUACCAGACCAACUAUCGACCUACCUUUAAAAUAAUAUCUGUUUCCGACCCUUACAUGCUAAGUUUAUCUCAUGAUGGCAGAGCUAUAAAGUUCACUGAAACCGGUGUUGUCAAAUUUGUGUUCCACCAAGCAUUGUAUUCCAUGGGUCAUAUGUGUGUCCGGGAGGGCUUCUCCUUAAUUUCUUAUAUCAAUAGGAAUGGUACCAACAGAGAAUUAAUGAAUGUAUUUAAAUCCGGGGUAAAUUACAGAGACACAUCAAUAUCUGCUUCUGGGGCCACAAAAGUUGGUGCUGGAGAUCUGAUCAGCUUUGAGAUACUCUCUCCUGCACAGUGUAACGUUCGGUAUUUUGGAGAUAGUUCUGGAAUUAGUAUGUUUAGCCUCAUCUGGAUCCCUCCAGCAGUUUCCAGUGCCAUAUCAGCCACAGUUUCUGUUACAGGUCUGCCUACUGGAGCUGUGAGAAACAAAUUACUGGAUUUCACCCAGGUCUCGUCCAAUGAGAAACAGAUACAGCUGGUUUCUUCUGGACAACUUGCUCAGAAGUAUUUCAUUUUUACUGAAAAGGGAGUUGCCAGCCUUGCAUUUAACUUAAAGCUAAUCCACUCAUGCAACGUGCUCAAAAUGACUCUCCAUCAGUUGACCAUGGAUCACAUGCAACCCACAGCAAUUGCUCAGCAGAUUGGAGGUCAGAUGCCAGAGGGAAGCACGUGGACCAGUGUGUCCCUCCGUGCAUCUUUUGAAGUACAUAAUGGAACACUGAUAGCAGUUUCUCUUGACUGUGUGCGUGGAAGGAUCAAUCAGAUCACCCAUGAACAUGGAACUGGUAUAUCUAUUUUAUGGAUUUCAUCUUAAUUUCUGUACAGUGAAGGUAGCACAGAACUGGGGUUUAAAUUGCAUUUGGAUUCUACUCUGAUUCUAUACAUACUUGACACCUUAUACUGUGUCGACAUGAGCAGAUUGUCCCACUAAAAUGGUCUCAAUUUUAGGAAUAUUUAAAUAUAAUCUUCAUUGAAUGAUCAGUAUUUAAAGAAAAGGUAGAUUUCAGUGUUCCAAAACUUUACUACUUUUAACCUCUUCAGUCAGGGGAACUUUGAGUUCAAGUCAAACUCUCUUAUUUCUAAUAAAGCAGUGUCUUAAAGAGACCUAUUUCUGGACUAUAAGUAAUUGCAGGUGAGGGUAAAUGCAUACCUUUUAGUACUGCAGUGAAAGCAGCACAGCCAAAUAAUGGAAACCUGCUUUCAGUUUCUUCACUGCAGCAGGCUAAUAGCAAGACUAAAUGCACUUUGAGGCUAAUUUGUCUACAUCUUAUAAAAUGAUGUGCUUUCUAUAAAUGGAGAGAAUAUGCCUCAAACUAGAGGUUAUACUAUGGUGACACUGGAGUAUACAUGCUUAAUACUAUAGAAAUGGUCAUGGGUCAAAAAUGGAACAUUGUUUUUACAAAAUAUAAUAAUUGCUCUCAACAAAAACAUUAGAACUAAUGACUGUUCUAAUUUCAUUUGGAAGUAAUCUGCAGUUAAGUAAUUUGGGAAGGCUCUUUCUCAUUUUUAGUUUUUGGCACUGAGAAGUUGGAGGAUGAGAAGGAGGGAAUUCUAUUCUAAAAAGUAAGUGUAUAGGAGAAAAGAAACGAGUAUUAAAGUCUUGAAAAUGAGACUUUUGGAAAUUAAACAAAUUUUUAUUCAGUUUCUUAUGAACGACAAAGUAUUUUUCUGACCACAAAGGAACAUCAUUCACAAACAUAUUUUCCCGAACAGGUACUUAAUUUAAAAAGGCGUAGGGUUUUUUGUUAAAUCAUUCAGUUAAUUCUAAAAAGAAAUUAUGUAUUCAGUGACACUGAUUUUUGUCUUUUUCCAACUCUUCCAUCAAACUAUUCUUUCUUUUUCUAACCUAUGUAGAGUGUUUUCUCUCAUUUUCUCCUUUCUUCUGCAUAAAUGCUGCUUCACUCUCCUUUCUUAUUUCUUUUGCUA